AUGUUGCUGGCAGCUUACACCGUCUUCACCUACUAUACGGCCUGGGCCUUGCUUUUGCCUUUCUUCCCGAAAACAAGCCAAAUACACGAUUGGUUUCCUUCAAGGGAGUGGGCUAUCAGGUUACCUGCUGUCCUCCUUGUUCUUGGUCUGUCAGCCAUUGGAGCUUUCGUGGGUUAUACAAUAGUCAAAGAAAACAAGAAGAAAGCACAGAAGGCAAGGUUGCGAACGGCGUGA